CCGACGUAAUUUUCCGACGGACAACAAGAAAUGGGAACAGCUGGAUACAUUUAAAGCGUCGGGUUCCUGUAUAUUUUCUCCGAUUUUAGCGAUUUUCAUUGGAUUUAAACCAAAACAGUGUCGUGUUGGAGUCCUAGCAGGCGGAUAAAUGUCUGAACCAUCAGAGUUCCCCAAAAAAGAAGAACAAGGGGAGGAGGCUACCGCUGAACCCGAGGAUCAAUCAGACACCAGCAGUGAAGACGAAGCUGCAGGAGAAGCAGAGAUGGACGUCUUGCGCGGCCUCUUCUCCAGUGCGCUGGGGUUGGGCUCUUCAGAGAAAGUUCUGGAUGAGUUGUCUCUGGAGAGCGUGGCGCGCUACAUAAACAGCGGCAAAUGUAAAAACAUAAUUUGCAUGGUUGGAGCAGGAAUAUCAACAUCUGCUGGGAUCCCGGAUUUUCGCUCUCCAGAAACCGGUCUCUAUGCAAACCUGCAAAAGUACAACCUGCCUUACCCAGAGGCCAUCUUCCAGAUCGAUUACUUUAAGAAUCAUCCAGAACCAUUCUUUGCUUUGGCCAGGGAGCUGUACCCAGGACAGUUUAAGCCCACAAUCUGCCACUACUUCAUAAAGAUGCUGAAGGACAAGGGGGUUCUGAGACGAUGCUACACGCAGAACAUCGACACCCUGGAGCGAGUCGCAGGGAUAAAAGGAGACGAUCUGAUCGAAGCACAUGGAACGUUCUACACCUCUCACUGUGUCAAAUUGCUCUGCAAAAAGGAGUACGACCUGGACUGGAUGAAAGAAAAAAUCUUCUCUGACGAGAUUCCAAAGUGUGAAAAAUGCAGCAGUUUGGUCAAACCAGAUAUAGUAUUUUUUGGAGAGAGCCUGCCAACCCGUUUCUUCACUACCAUGAAGAUGGAUUUUCCUCUAUGCGAUCUCCUCAUAGUCAUGGGCACAUCUCUGCAGGUUCAACCGUUUGCAAGUUUAAUCGGCAGGGUUUCAAAAAGUUGCCCCAGGUUGCUCAUUAACAUGGAGAAAACAGGACAGGCAGAUCCUAUUUUGGGGUUGCUUGGCUUUGGAGGAGGGAUGGACUUUGACUCAGACAAUGCGUACAGAGACGUAGCUCAGAUCAGUACGUGUGAUGACGGCUGCUUGGCUCUCGCUGACUUGCUGGGUUGGAAGGCGGAGCUGGAAGAGCUUGUGAAGAACGAGCAUGCCAGGAUCGACAGUGAGGACAAGCAGGAAAAUCCCGGAGGAAGCGAAGGAGGUGCAGCCAAAGGAGCUGCAGCCAAAGGCGCUGCAGCCAAAGGAGCUCCGGCUUCAGCUGAACCAAAAUCCAAAGCAGAGGAGUGACCUGUGUUUAAUUAACAAAACAAAAGCAAUGACACAGUUUAUAGCUUUACCAGAGGUUAAUACUGUAUAUGAGGGUUUGAUUUUUGGAAAUUAAGGGUUUGAUGUUCAGAAAUGAAGCUCUGUUGGGUUUCUCUCAUUGUAUAUUCUCAGAUCUGAGGACGGUUCUUUCACAUAAUUAUACUUUUGUUUAUGUCAGUCAUUUUGCACUUUACUAACUUCUCUAUAUUUUCCAUAAGCUUCGUCUUCAAAUUCUCAGAUCUGAGGACGGUUCUUUUCCAUAAUUAUACUUUUGUUUACGUCAGCCAUUUUGCACUUUACUAACUUCUCUAUAUUUUCCACAAGCUUCUAUUUGUCCCAGCUCAAGAUGACAUUUUCCCUCUGAUUGAUUUAAUUUCGUUGUAUGUAGAUUUUAGCCCCACGCGUUCCUUCUAAGCAUAAUCGACUCUUAAUGAUUGAUGUGUGCUGAUGAGCUGCAUUUUAAUGAGAACCGGAUGUGGAUUUGAGAUAACGAUGUUCUGUUAGGUGGCCUAACAUUCCCUCCCCCCAAGCUAAAAGCAGUUCAUCUGAUAAAGCUGUCAGAAUGUUUCCGUCAGCUAAUUAACUUCCUGGUUGGUAAAAAUGUUGAUACAUUUGAUAGACAGAUUACUAGAACCAUCACUGGUUUUUACUUUUGUUCAACUUUUAGUCAUUUUAUUUUAAUUGUUUAGUCAUUUAAGCAAAACUAUGAGACAAAUAAUAUUUUUGUGUAAUGUUCAUCUUGGAACAGCAGAAAGAAUUGGAAGCAGUCACUUUUCAGUCGAGCUCUUUGCUAGUUUAAUUUUCAUAGCCAAUAAAUUUAGAUUCAAAGCAACAUAAAGAGGAAAAAAACAGACGUGAUUCGUACGGAAAAAAAGCUGAAUGAAAGAUCUCUGAGAGCAUGAAGCAUUGUUAAAAAAAAAAUAAAAAUACUCACCUAGACUUAAAUACGUUGACAUGUACUAAUUCUAACAACCAGUGCAAAUUCCUGCAAUAAAUGUUUCCUUUGUUAAACUAA